AUGGUAUUAUUACAUAAUAUAUUUUUAACUAUUAUUUUAAUAUUGUUACCUCAAUUAACAUAUCAACUUAAAGAAAUUUUUUAUUAUGAAAGAUAUGUUAAUAAUGUAAAAUUUUAUUACUACAAUUCAAAAUAUUAUAUUACAAUGAAAAGUAUGGCUUUAAGAAUUUUACAAGAUUUUAGAAUGUAUCAUCCUUUAAAUUUGUUUAUAAAAAAUAUGGGUGUUAUAACUGAUAAAGAUAUAAAAAUAAAAAAAUAUUCUGCUCCUGAACCAAUAUUAGAAUAUCUAGAUGAAUCAAUUUUACCAAAAAAAUGUGUUAUUAUGAAAAUAACUAAUAAAUUUGGAACAAAAUUUAAAUGUAUGGGUAGAGUUUUUACUAGCUAUGAAGAAGCAAAUAAAUAUGCAUUAGAAAUAGAAAAACUUCAUGAUUGUAAAAAUUAUGUUGAAGAAAAAGUAGUAAUUAAGAACGUACCAAAAAAUUUAAAAGCCAAGCCACUUAUUCCUCCAAAACCUCUUUGUUUAAUACAUUUUAAUCCAGCAAAAUGCUUAUUUAGUAAUAUGAAUAGUUUUAAUACAUGGAAACAUGUUUGGAACCAGUGUAAUUUUAAAUGUUUGUUUGAAAAAACGCAUCAUACAUUAAAACAAAAAAUGUUAAGUGAAAUUAAUUGUUAUCGAACUUUUCAUUCUAGUAAAGCUCUAAUUAGAAAUCCUUAUUUAGAAAAAAUUGCUCAAGAAAGAGCUGAUAUGUUUAGUCAUAACAAAUAUAUUAUUCCUGAUAAAAGUAAACUAGUAGGAGAAUUUUAUGUUUCUCUUAAUUAUGAAUUAUUGCGUUACCUAAUAAAAUUUUGGUAUGAUGAAGGAGUAAACUAUAACUAUAACGCAGAACAUGUGCAUCCAGCAACGCAACAUUUUACAGCACUUAUAUGGAAAGGUACAUCUAUUGUUGGAAUCGGUAUUUCAAGAAGUAAAGAUACUUUUUAUGCUGUAUUUUUGUUUUCACCAAAAGGAAAUACACCUAAUGCUUUUAAAAGAAAUGUUUUUGAUAAAAUUCUAAAUUAUGUAUAA